GCGCAGCGGCAAUCGAGUGCCCCGCUGGCUACGAGGUCAUUGGAUCCAAGUGCAUCCACCGCCUGCCUGGUGGUUACCUCACGCACGACGACGCGGUGGCUUACUGCCACCAGAACUUCGGCAGGCUGCCCGUGCUGCACGACUGCGCUUCCUUCAUUGGUGUUGCAACUUAUGUCGACGAUGGAUUCUCAGCGGACGCCAUCAACGGCUACUGGCUGGGCGCCACCAACUCUUCGGCUACCGGCGUCUGGCAGUGGAACGACGGCACCGCCGUGCAGAUGGGCGCUCCGUACUGGGCUGUCAGCGUCACAAAUGCUCUCGCCAAGGCUAAAUCAGCCCAACUGGCCUCCUCUCAGGCUCUCAGCGAAGAAAAACAAACAUGGUUGCUCCUCCCAGCCGCGUCUCUGCACAUGCCACUGAAGCAGCUGAACCCAUACACACGAUGCUAG